GUGACGCGCCCCGGGGCGGACCAAUCGGGUCCGCUCCUCCCCGCGGCCGGCCAGCCGGCAGAGCCGCGCAGCGCGCCCGCUCCGCUCGGCUCCGCGCAGCCUGCGCGCUUCGCCGCGCCACGCCACGCCGCCCCACGCGAGGAUGGCGCGGGCGGCGGGGCGCCGCUGGGCCGCCUGCGGCCUCGUCUGGCUGCUCGCCUGCUGCACGGCGCGCCGGGGCGGCCCCGGCAACGAUGCAUUCACCAUUCGCCAUGACGUACUGAACAAGUGCAUACAAGUUCAAAGCUCGCGGAUAGUGAUAGCUGACUGCAAGGAGACAAGUGAAGCUUUAUGGAAAUGGGUGUCCCAGAAUCGCCUUUUUCAUUUGGGGUCCCAGCAGUGCCUGGGGCUUGAUAUAUUUACCAAAUCACUGUCUCGCUUGAAAAUGGUCGACUGUAACUCAGAGCUUAUGCUCUGGUGGCGAUGUGCCGACGCUUCCAUCCUAGGUGCGUCUCAGUACAAGGUGACCAUCAAAGGUACUUUUGUAACUGCGAGCAUAAAUGCAUCAGACCAGUGGAGAAGCAACAGUUCCUCUGAUGACAUCUGUCAGUAUCCUUACCAGGAUAUUUAUACCAGAGAUGGGAACUCCUAUGGAAAGCCCUGCCAGUUCCCCUUUCUGUAUAAUAAGACCUGGCAUCAUGACUGCAUUCAGGAUGAAACACACGCAGGUGGUAAAUGGUGCGCCACGUCUGAAGACUAUACUCACGAUGGCAAAUGGGGAAUCUGCUUACAACCAGAGGAUGGUUGUCAUGAUAUCUGGGAACGUGAUCCGGGCUCUGAAAGUUGCUACCAGUUUAAUAUGCAGUCUGCUCUUUCUUGGAAAGAAGCUUAUAUUUCAUGUCAAAGACAAGGGGGAGAUUUGCUUAGCAUCCAAGAUGCAACUGAAUUAAGUUACAUACAAGGUAAAGAUGACAUUGCUGAGAUCUUUUGGAUUGGCUUAAAUCAACUGGACGUUUCUGGAGGUUGGCAGUGGUCAGAUCACAAACCCUUGAAUUUUCUCAACUGGCAUCCAGAUAUGCAGAAUUUGUCCCCUUUGGAUGGGACUAGCUGUGUGGUGAUGGAUGCUGUCUCAGGUCAGUGGAAGAGUUACCACUGUGGGACUUCACUUCCCUAUAUUUGCAGGAAGUCAUUCAAGGAGGUUUUGAAAUUGCCAGAGUCUUGGAGACACUUGGAGACUCGCUGUGAUUCGGGCUGGCUUCCCCACAAUGGCUUUUGCUACAUGCUGGUAAACAACCAGGCACCUUGGGGUACAGCGCGUGAGUUGUGCAAGGCAAACCAGAGUGACCUCAUCAGCAUACAGUCGUUAGCAGAUGUAGAGCUCGUUGUUACAAAGCUUCAUAAUGAUGUGAAAGAGGAAACAUGGAUUGGUCUCAGGAAUGAAGAUGUACCAGCCUUGUUCAAAUGGUCAGAUGGCUCAACUGUAUUUUUUACGUAUUGGGAUCAAAAUGAACCAAAAGUUCCUUUUAACAGCACUCCUAACUGCGUGUCGUAUUCAGGAGAGUUGGGACAGUGGAGAGUCAAAUCCUGUGAAGAAAAUUUGAAAUAUGUAUGCAAAAAAAAAGGAGAGAUUUUGAAUGAAACAAAAUCAGAUAAAAGUUGUUCAUUGAAAGAGGGGUGGGAGAGACACGGAAACUUCUGUUACAAGAUUUAUAAAACGGAAGUAACAUUUGGAGCGCAAUGCAAUCUUACAGUAGUGAACAGAUUUGAACAAGAAUUUAUAAACAGCUUGAUCAGAAAAUACAGCAAAGUUGAAGAAAAAUACUUCUGGAUCGGCUUGCAAGAUAUUCGCCAAUCAGGAAUAUAUUCUUGGGGUGCAGUGGAUGGGGAAAAAAGUGAAGCUGUGACAUACACUAACUGGAAUUCAAUGCAACCAGAGUUUUCAGGAGGAUGUGUGGCCAUGCCCAGUGGGAAGUCUCUUGGAAAGUGGGAAACUAAAGACUGUAAAACCACUAAAGCAUUUUCUAUCUGCAAAAAAUACAUUGGGCCACCCAAGGAACCAGAAGUGCUCCCAAAGCCAACUGAUCCCUGUCCUCCUGGGUGGCACAAUGGAUCUGGCCUUGCCUGCUACAAGUUCUUCCACAGUGAAAGAGUGCUGAGGACCAGGACGUGGGAAGAGGCAGAAAGGUUCUGCGAAGCCCUGGGAGGCCACCUGCCUAGUUUUAGUCACUCGGAAGAAAUCAAGGUGCUUCAUUCUAUCCUGAGAAAAAUCAUCAGCAAUGACAGAUGGGUAUGGAUAGGAAUGAAUAAGAGGAGUCCAGAUUCUUUGGGAACCUGGCAAUGGAGCGAUGAUAAACCUGUAACUAGUGUUGUUAUGCCGCUUGAUCAUCUGGAGGAUGAGUAUGACACAAGAGACUGUGCUGCUUUAAAGACAUUUCAGUUUUCACGGAGAUCGUUUUGGAGAUACUAUUUCCAUGAAAAUAGAGAACUGGAAUUUUACCUGAAGCCUUUUGAUUGUGAGGCAAGACUUGAAUGGGUCUGCCAGAUAACAAAAGGUAGUACUCCAAAGACUCCCCACUGGUAUAUACCAGAUGAAGUUGGAAUUCAUGGAGCCCCACUUGUUGUUGAUGGAGCAGAGCUGUGGUUUGUACCAGAUAAAAACCUGAGCUUCCAAGAAGCUGUUUUCUAUUGUCAAAAAAAUGAUAGCGAGUUGGCCUCUGUGGAAUCUUACCCAAAACUCAGGACAAUACUAUCUCAAAUAGAAAAGUUAUCGAACAGUGAACAGAAGUGGUGGCUGAAAUUUAUUGAUUACGGCUACAACUAUCAUUCACCUUUACAGUUAUUUCCACGCUUCCAUGAUCGAUUCUGGAGGGACUGCUGGUAUGUUUCUAGAAAGAACUGGUAUAGAGACUACCCAGUGAACUGCAAUAUGAAACUGCCCUUCAUUUGUGAAAAAAAUAAUGCCUCCUUACUGGAAAAACAUGAUCCCAGUUACCGCCCAGUCAGAGGAGGUUGUCCUAAAGAUUGGCUUCGGUUUCGGGAUAAGUGUUUUUUAAAGAUGAAUCCCAAAUCUCUAACAUUUAAUGCAGCUAAUGAAAAGUGUGUAACUUUUGGAGGCUCUCUUCCAUCAAUUUCAAAUCAAGCUGAGCAAGAUUUUAUAACAUCCUUGCUUACUGAUAUGCCGAAAGAUAUUUGGAUUGGUUUGCAGUUUUUGUUCAGCACAAGGGAAAACAAAUGGAUAGAUGAGAGCAGACUGUUGUAUAGUAACUUCCACCCACUCCUGACAGGAAGAUUAAGGAAAAUCCCACUGGAUCUUUUUGAUGAAGAAUUUAACAAUCAAUGUGGUGUAAUCCUCAACGAUCCCAAGUCACAAUAUGUUGGAACGUGGAACUUCACUGCCUGUGCUGACAAGCACUUUUUGGGUAUAUGCCAGCGGCCAAUAGGUAUAGGAACUGCUGAUAACCAGACAGAACAAGUUCUUAAUGAAACACUAACCUAUCAAAAUAUUCAAUACAUGGUAAUUCUGAAGAAUUUGUCCUGGAAUGAUGCAAUGGCUGCAUGCGUAAGUAACAAAAUGCAGCUGGUUAGCAUCACGGAUCAGUUCCAGCAGGCUUUCCUUGCUGUUCAGGCUGCCCUUCAUAAUUAUCCACUGUGGAUUGGACUCUUCAGCAGAGAUGGUGGAAAACAUUAUGGCUGGUUGGAUGGGAAACAUGUUAGUUUCAGUCGAUGGUCUGAAGAUGAUGAAGAAACAAGCGAAGAAUGUGUGUUUUUGGAUACUGAUGGCUUCUGGAAGACUUCUGACUGUUCCUCUGAAAAUCGAGGUGCUAUUUGCUAUUUACCAGAAAAGAAGACUGAAAAAGAACCAGUUACACAAGUUAAAUGCCCACAUAAGAUUAAAAAUACACCCUGGAUAUCAUUUAGAAACAAUUGUUACACUUUUACAAUAACAAAGAAUAGAUGGCGAGAACUGAAGUCUCAAGAAGCUCACCAUUUAUGCAAGAAAAUGAACCCAGAAGCAUUUGUUCUGAGUGUUCGAGAUGAAGAAGAAAAUAACUUUGUUACUGAGCAGCUUCGCUCAUUCAGUGGCCUGGCUAUGUGGGUCUGGCUAGGUGUGAUUUAUGAUAACAGUGAUAAUGUUCUGAAGUGGUAUGAUGAAACUCAUCUGACUUACAAUAACUGGCGACUGGGAAGACCUAAUGUAAAGAAGAGCAGUUUUUUUGCUGGUGUAAAUCUUGAUGGUUUCUGGGAUAUUUAUAAUUAUUCUCAAAGUUGGCAUGCUCAUCACUAUAAUGUGUACAGUAUUCUUGCUUGUAAAAUUGAGAGAGGACCCCAGCAACACAAACCCCCAUUGCCUGAGUCUAUUCCACGUGGAAAUAGCACUUACAGGAUCCUUCAGAAAAAGUUAACGUGGUAUGAGGCAUUAAGAGAAUGCAAACAAAAGGGGAGUGAUUUAGCAAGCGUACACAGUGAAUCACAACAGCUAUUUCUUGAAGACAUUGUCAAGCAGGAUGGCUACCCUCUGUGGCUUGGACUGUCAGUCCAUGAUGGAAGUAAAGCUAAUUUUGAAUGGUCAGAUGGAAGUGAGUUUGACUACUAUCCUUGGGAAUUAGAAAACUCAAACACUACUGAGAACUGUGUUCUGUUGGAUACUAGAGGAUCUUGGAACCGUACAAAAUGUACAAGUGUUGCUGAAGGUGCCAUUUGCUACAGUCCUCCAAACAAGAGACAAUUACAGCCACAGCAAGUGAGCAGAGCCCCAGGAUGCCCAAGCAUCAGUGGAACACUGCAGUGGACACAGUAUAAGGAUCACUGCUAUGCAUUUGACAUGGCCUUCUACAAUUUUUCAGUAUAUAACGUAGAAGAUGCUAAAAGAGUCUGCCACAAACUGAAUCCUUCAGCAACCCUUCUGACUAUAGCAAAUGCUGAGGAGAACAUGUUUGUCAGCAAACACAUACGGGAAAAUGAUCUCAUCACCAAGAAAGUAUGGCUUGGCCUGGCUCAGAGCACUAGGGCAGAUCAGUCCUUGAGCUGGCUCGAUGGCUCAUCAGUUAGUUACGUCAACUGGGAAAACAAAACUGCAGAGGACAAUGAGAAAUGCAGUGUUAUCCUGUCUACAACUGGCAUGUGGUCUAAAGUUGACUGCGGUCGUAGUCAAAGCAGAGUGGUUUGUAAAGCUCCUGUAGGCUCUAAUCAUACUGGGGUGGCUGUAGCAUUUGCUCUGAUAAUUAUUUCAGUCUUCAUUUGCGGAUUAGUCUGGUAUCUCUAUAAAAAGAAACGUCUUCACUGGACUGCUUUCUCUUCAGUACGCUAUCAAAGAGGGAUUAAUGAUGAUGAAACUGAUGAUGUGUUCACAAAAGAUAGGUAUUGAGAAACUGUUCCUUCUAGGUGAUUUAGCAUGAACUUCACUGUGUGAAGUCAUAAAGAAUGAGGUACUUGAUGUUUCAUUAUUUCUUUUGAAAAAAGAAUAAGAAAGUUAUUAAUGGGGGCUGAAUUCUACUCUUUUACACAAGUGUUCAGUUUUUAUUCAAGUCCAUGGUAAUGAUUUACAUUUGGCCUUGCCUGUUUAAGGUACAAGAUUUCUUGAGUUCUGUAAUAUUUUUAAUAUAGGAUAUUAUUUUCUCUUUUUAUGGGAAGAUAUUUUUAAGGGAAUAAGGAAUGCCAAUAGUACUUCAUGCAAUAUCACCCUAAAAAAUGUAUUUGAAAUUGCUACAUGAGUUCUGUAACUUGGCACAGUUAUUGGCUGAUAAUUGUACAAAGUGAUGUACCAUUUUGGUACACUGUUAGGAUUCUGCUGCUUUUAUCGGGCUACUCUGUAGAAGCCAACACAAAGAUCAUAAAUAGGAGACGUACCAUCUUGAUGUAACAGUUUUUGUAACAAGCAGUUGCCAAAUUUGAUAUAGCAUGGGAAAAGGGCUUUAUCAGAAUGAAUUAAACGUUAAUUCCCAUUGAACUAGAAUUUUAGUUUCUUGUUAUGAGUAAUAGUGUAGGAAAAAUGUAUCUUGGCUUUUUCCUCAAAGUUCAUGGAAAAAUCAUUAGUUAUACUGGAAAGAUCAGAAUCCUAAAGUGUAAAAUGCACAUUUUUAGUACGGAGUUACAAGGAAAACCCUUCACCAAAGCCACUCCAUCUAGGAGUAAAUGAAAUAAAUGCAGAACACUUGCAUCUGAGGCUGUUGCAAGCUAGUGCAUGGCUAAUCUUAUGCCUGAAAGUUGUGAGUGGGGCUAGGAUAGCCAGCAUUAAGGGCUAACUACAAAUACAAACAGAACCCCUAGCCUUGUAAAAGUCUAAAGCACAAAUGUUGUGUUUUAUUCUGCAAGAUAACCAUUUUUCUUAAGUAGAUUGUUUGGUUUCUUCUCACAGCUUCUCUCACAAAGUUUUACAAGCACCAACAGCAGGAAAUUGUACAGUAAAAAUAAUAAUUAAAAAAGACAGUAUCUGGACCCAAAGAAUUAAGACAAAGAUAUAAAACUGCAUUUAGGGUAGUGUUUAGAGAGUGACCUACCAAAUUCUGUACUUUUUAUUUCCAUAGCUCCUCUGGAAGUUAGACCUGAAUGAUUUUUUUUUUCUACAUUAAAGCACAGAAAAAACACUGCUCCAUUUCAUGAUCUUUUGCACUCUGUGACCAAGGACAGGAGCAUUGCAGUGACAGUGUUCCUUAGUCUGUAAUGAGAUCCUCCUGACAUUUUACUUACAGUAAUAUUCUUAUUAUACUAGGAUUAAAUGCAUAAUUUUAUAGGUGAAAUACUUGUCAUCUGUUUCAGAAAUAAGAUAAAGAUAUGUCUAAGGAAGGAAUGAGAAAGAAAUGGUAACUUAAGUUGUGUAUAUAGAUGCUAAAAUACUUGAGUAUUUUACAUAAACUUGAUUUUUUACCUGAUGUGUUACUGUGGCCUUGUGUAUGCACUCCAAAGAAGCUAUAAAGGGAAAAAAGGAAGUCAGCAUUGUAUAUAUUAAUUGCUCUAAUGAUUUGAUCAGUUAAUGUUUUGAGAAAGUCACUAGACUUUUUUUUAAUGCACAAUAUAAGGAACAGGUAUGUUUAGUUUUAUGAAGGAGUAUGUGUAGAAGACCAAAUCCCUUCGCCACUUAACAGUGAUGUGAUACGGUAACAGGAAUACAUUUGGUCUAACAUACUGAAAGAGUACUACUGAUUUCUCUGAAGUGACAUUGCAAGGUCAUAACAUUCAACUGCCUCCCCCUCCCCGCAGUUUACUUAUGUUGACAGCACUUUUCUUUGUUCCUGUUUGCACUAUUUUGAUAAGCAAAUGUUUAUCAAUUGUAUUGAGAAAUAGAGAAGUUCUUGUGGAUACCACUUUAAAGCCUGUUAAAAUAGCAGACUGGACAGGCACACUAAAGGAAAUAUUGUGUGCUAGUUUGCUGAUCAAAGAAAUAAGCACUUGUUUAUUUGGUACUUAAGCAGAACUGAGAACAUUUUCUCUUUCUUUGGGUAACUUGUAUAAAAAUUAGUUGUUAUACCUUGAAAAUAAAUGUAAUAAGCCCCAACACCCUUUUAAAUUUAUCCCUGUAUGAGAAAUAUUUGAAAUGUAAAGCCUGGUUCCUGUCAUCUUUUCUUUUAGUUUAUAUGCAUGUAAAUGCUUUGCUGAAUGACUUUAACUUAAGGGACUAAGAAAAGACGUGUAUUGUUUAUUGUCCUUUUCUAACAGCAGUAAUUGGGGAAAAUUUACAAGUUUGUAUGUUUUGAGAUUUACUAGUUUUAUAGAUGUUUAUAUUUGCACAUUUUUGAGUGUGAAUCUGAAAUUGAAAAUGGAAAUUAAUAGUUAAGUCUUAAUUAUCCAAUGAAUAUCCUGUGAAUAUAUACUUUUUAUAAAAUAUUUUAUUAUUAUGAAUGAUGUAAAUAAUUUUGUAAGGCCCAUUUCUCAUGUUUAUUUCAUGUUUAUUUCAUCAUACCCAGGUUGUCUAGCCACUGGUAAUUCUUAUUUGGAUAAGCACAACUCUGUUAGUACAGGUGAAUGACCCGCUUUAUUUGAAUAUAUUGAAAUUAUUUAGAUUCAUUGCCAUUGAAAGAAUAAAGUCAAGUAAAACACUAA